AUGGAGAAAGAUUCUAUUGCUCGUUUUGUGACGACUUUCAAAAAUACCCAGAUGGAGAAAGUAUCUAAAAUGGCUGCAGAGAAUGGUGUAGUGAUUUUCAGCAAGAGCACAUGCUGUUUGUGCUAUGCUGUAAACAUCCUAUUUAAUGAUCUUGGAGUGCACCCUUUGGUUCAUGAAAUUGAUCAAGAUCCAGAGGGGAGAGAAAUGGAGAAGGCUCUGUUGGGGAUGGGGUGCCAAUCACCUGUGCCAGCAGUUUUCAUUGGUGGAAAGCUUAUGGGGUCUACCAAUGAAGUCAUGUCCCUCCACCUAAGUGGGUCCCUGGUCCCACUGCUGAGGCCGUAUCAGGCUCAGUCAUCUUAAUCUUAUUACUGCAUUAUUAGUACGGGAAGGAAUAAAGCUUGGGCUCUCUUCACUGAUAUAGUAUUAUGUAGCUGUGUCCUAUGUAGUGCAUACUUAGUAGUUUUGAAUUAGGUUUGAGCAUGUAGCUUAGCUAUUUGCCUAAGUUAAAAAGUCUAAUUAUGAAUUUUAGCCUAUUUGCUUUAGCUUAAUGUGCUCAAUGCCAUAAAAGAGUAAUGAGAUGAAUGAAAUGGUCUAUUCAUAUUUGGGACAAGUUGUGUAUAUCCAACUAUCCGUGAUUCUGUAAUAGUGAUAGUUUCGUAUAUUGAACUGUUUCUUUUUCCCUACUUCAAUGAAAUAA